UGUUUUUUUAUAUUCCAACCUGAUUGUCUGUUGAAACUGGUAAGUCACGGUCUGCGGUUGUGGCUGAGGAGUCGGCGCCACCACCGGUAAACUGUGAAACAGCUCCAACGAUCUUGGAGGAGACUUCACCUUUCUUCUCCUCCAAAUUGUGCAGCAGGGAUUUGCCUCCUUCAAUGCCUCUUGAGACAACAUUGUCCACUGCAUCCUUGAAGACAUCGGUUUUGGCGGCUUCACUGAGAGCAGAGGUGGCCUUUUCCAAAAUGGAGUCGGACAUUUUGUUUGGUGCUCCUCUGCCUCUGUAGUGGUGUUUAACGUUAAGACGCAGGAGGGAGAUAUAUAUAAUGAGGAGAAGAUUGAGAGACAAGAAGCCAAAUUUGAGCUGUCCAAAUUGGCCGCGGCUGUUUCAACAACCUAAAACCUGGCUUAGCUAUAUCUAAUCUUUUAACACUUAAUAUAGAAUUCUGAUUAGUUUUGUUUGUGCGGAGAAGAGAUCAUCAUUUGAAAAAAGUAACUACUAUUAACUAUUAACAAGAGUCCAUUUUCAGAUUUAAGGUUUAGGUUCUUAGGCUUGGUUGAGGUUUUGGUAUGUAAUCUAGACACCAACCAAGCAGGUUUUGAUUGGAAGCAAACGAUUUGUAAUAACACAACACACUAAGUUGAGUUUGGGUGUUAUUGAAUAAAGUCUUAACUGAGCAAACACAACAUAUCCUCUGUUCUCUUAUCUUCUAUUCUCUUACAGAUGCACAACCUUGAGCAUGUUAAAAGGUUGAGUUGGGCUAUUUUAACAUAUAGAUAGAUUAACUGAGUAACGCGUAGUGGGCUUAAUCCAGUAAUUCAAGCCCAUUAAUUAUUAAAGCCCGGUCCAUGCUAAAACCCUCCUUCCUCACGAGUCACGACCAUCUUCUCCCCCUGCUUCUUCUCAGACAAAACACACAUUUGCUCGCUCUCAGCCUGAUGGAGUGAAUCAUGAAUCCUUCGUCGCGUUACAGUUAUGAUCCAGUGUUGCGAUGGGAUCCUGAAGUUGAAGACUACUUCAACAAAGCUUACGGACCUGACCACUUUGCUCGAAUUUCAAAGGCUCUAACGCGUCCAUCUUCCUACUCCUGCAUUCGGGUGAACACAGUUAAAGCCACAAGUGACGCGGUUAUCGAGAAGCUUACGAAGAUCUUAAACGACGACUCCGAGGAUGGCUUGAAGCUUGUGCAGCAACCCGAUGGGAGUAGUAGUCCCAUCUCCAAGUGUCAGAUUCCUGGUUUGGAAUAUGUAGUUUUGGUCAACGGUUCAGGCCCACAUAGAAUUGAAUAUGGCUCUGAGCUUGAAAACCCUCCCAAGGAGGUACUUGUGAGCAGGAAGUGUGCUGAAGCAGUUCUCAGAGGAGCCCAGGUCUAUGUCCCAGGUGUACUGGCUUGCACUGCCCAUGUUGAGAAAGGAGAUGCAGUUGCCGUCUGUGUUGCUAUGGAGCAACCUGGUGAUGAUGGUGACUGGAGUGUUAAUAUGACUCGUGGGACCACCCUCCAGGGUCUACCGUCAGAUCCUUUCUAUUGUGAACGCAGUGGACUAUAUAUCGGCAUGGGAACAGCUAUGUUGUCAAGAGCUGGCAUGUUUCGUGUUUCUCAUGGAGUUGCCGUGGAUUUGAACAACAGAGUUUUCAGAUUGCCUUCUUUUCAUAAUGUCCUCGAGGGAGAAAUAUUUCUUCAAAACCUGCCAAGUAUUGUUGCUGCUCAUGCUCUUGAUCCUCAGAGAGGGGAGAGAGUAUUAGAUAUGUGUGCAGCACCGGGAGGGAAGACUACUGCAGUAGCUAUACUUAUGAAUGAUGAAGGAGAGAUAGUGGCAGCAGAUAGAUCUCAUAACAAAGUGCUAGAUGUCCAGAGAUUGUCUGCUGAGAUGGGCUUAACUUGCAUAACUACAUGUAAACUGGAUGCGCUAAAAUCUGUUUGUCUUCCGAGCACACUCAGUGACUCAACAACAUCAGUUAACGGUGACAGUAGUGUUUCUUUAACCAGCCAUUCUGAAGUACCAUCAAACGAGGGAAUCGCAUCUGAUGCUCCUGGAAGAUCUGAGGGAAAAUCGUGCGAGGAAAAUGCGAGCACAGAACAGCCUAAUAAUGGAGGGGAUAACGUUAGCCAAUCUGAAAUCAGGAAGAAUAAGGGAAGGCUGAAAAAUGGUCGCGGAAGAACUCAAAGCCAAGGUGGGAGGGCUGGCAAAUCAAAAGGUUUCCCGCCUAAUAGUUUUGAUAGGGUACUUUUAGAUGCUCCUUGUUCUGCUCUUGGCUUGAGACCUCGUCUUUUCGCUGGACUGGAGACUGUAAUAUCGUUGAGAAACCAUGGAAGGUACCAGCGGAAAAUGUUUGACCAGGCUGUUCAAUUGGUUCGCGUUGGUGGAGUUCUCGUAUACUCAACAUGCACCAUUAACCCUAGUGAGAACGAGGCGGUGGUUCGAUAUGCUCUAGAUAAAUACAAAUUCCUUUCCCUAGCAACACAGCAUCCUAGGAUUGGAGGCCCUGGUCUAGUUGGUCGAUGUGAAUUUCCUGACGGAUAUGUCGAGGAGUGGUUAAAACCAGGUGAAGAAGAAAUGGUUCAGAAGUUCGACCCGUCAUCUGAGCUCGACACCAUCGGUUUCUUUAUAGCUAAGUUCAGCGUCGGCCCCAAGGAUUAACAUCUCAAAAUACUGAUUCCUGAUCCGAAGACAUUUGUAUUGAACCCUGAGAUGGUAUCUGUAUUGAUGAGAUGGUAUUUGUAACAACAUACAAAGUUUUUACAUAUAUGAAUUACAAUCCUUUUUAGA